AUGGAAUCCUCGCCUGCACUACUCACAUGUGGGGUCUCAAAGAUGAAUUACAUAUUGAUAUACGAUUUCGGGUCCCAAUACACCCAAGUUAUAGCCAAAACGAUUAGAAAUUCAUAUGUAUACUCUGUAGUACAGCCACCAACUUUACCUUUAGAAUCAUUGCAGGAAAAUCCUCCACGCGGAGUCAUCCUUUCGGGUGGCCCUCAUUGUAUUUUUGAUACUGGAGCACCUACUUUAAACAGAGAUGUUUUAUCUUAUAUAAGAAGCCAAAAAAUACCCAUUCUUGGCAUAUGCUAUGGAAUGCAACUACUCAUGCAUCUUGAUGGCGGGGUUGUUGAACCUCACGUCUCUCCCCAGUAUGGUGAAAUUACCCUGGAAAUAACAGCAUCAGAUGAUAAAUUAUUCAAGGAUAUACCGUACAAAUCCGUUGUUUGGAUGUCCCACUCUGAUUCAAUAACGAAAUUGGCUCCAGGAUACAGCAUCACUGGUAAAACCAAUGAUUGCCACAUCACUGCCGCUAAUAACAUAGAAAGCUUAACUUGGCUAUUACAAUUCCAUCCUGAAGUCCAUACCAGUCAAUAUGGUAGUCAUAUGAUCAAAAAUUUUCUCUUUGAAAUAUGUAAAAUAACCCCUGAUUGGACAAGCCAAAAUUGUAAAUUGGAACAAAUAAAAUAUAUAAGGGAAACUGUAGGUAAAUGCAAAGUAUUGGCAGGUGUAUCUGGUGGAAAGGAUAGCACUGUAGCGGCAGCUUUGGUUCACUCCGCCAUUGGGGAUCAGCUUAUAGCCGUCUUUAUCGACAAUGGGUUACUCAGGCAAAACGAGGCACAAGAUGCAUUAGAAAGGAUAAGGGCUGAUAUUCCAGGCAUUAAAUUGGAUUUAUAUGAUGCCUCGCAAAUGUUUCUUUCCAGACUCAAGGAUGCAAAGACAUCUUCAGAGAUUAGGCAUAUAAUUGGAAAGGCCUACAUUGAUGCAUUCACAUUAUAUGCAAAGGAGAAUAAUUUAUUUUCUAGCGAAAGUAAUGAAGGAGAUCUAUACUUAAUGCAAGGCACAAUUUACUCUGAUCGCAUUGAAAGUGGGAAAUCAUCGACAAAUGCAGCAACAAUUCAAAUGCAUCACAACGUAGGCACUUUGCCGAGAGAUUUAUGUUUUAAGCUACUAGAACCACUUAAAUAUUUAUUCAAGGAUGAAGUAUUGAUACUAGGGGAGGAACUUGGUAUAAGUAAUCGUAGUUUAAAAAGACAUCCUUUCCCAGGGCCCUCUUUUGCCAUAAGGAUCGUUGGUCCCAUUACCCAGAAAAAUGUACAAAUACUUAGAGAAGCAACCCAAAUACUUGAGGAUGAAUUGCACUCUGCUGAUUUAUAUGACAAAGUAUCUCAAGCUUUUAUAGUACUCUUAGCUAAUGUAAGUAGCAAUUCUGUAAAAGGGGAUAGACCCGCGGCCGGAAAUAUGACCGCGGUGAUUCGCUGUGUGGAUACUACAGAUUUUAUGACAUGUUCCUGGUCUAGACUCCCUCUAGAAUUUCUAGCAAGAGUAUCUACGAGAAUUACGAAUGAAAUUAGUGAUAUUUGUAGAGUGACUUAUGAUAUCACCAACAAACCACCCGCAACUGUGGAGUGGUUGUAG